CACGCCGAAGCGCUGUGUGGUGUAGUUUCAGAGGUGGCAGCUGGUUGUUGAUAUCGGUUAGCCCAAUAAAACUAUAUAAAAGUAUAGACCAAGGUCCCAGUCCUUUCUAAACAAGGUGAUUGUGUAUUACUGAAGCAGUAUACGCUUUAAGUGUUACUACCUUGUUUGAGGAAAGGUAAAAAGAGGCAACAAGCGACUAUUAUUUCAUGAGUAUAUCCCCUGGGGAGUGUUUUUUUGGUUUUGAUGCCGUGAACCUGAGAGUGGAACUAUGCCCGCAGCCACUGUGGAUCAUAGCCAAAGAAUAUGUGAAGUUUGGGCCAGCAACCUGGAUGAGGAGAUGAAGAUGAUCCGACAGGUGACUCGAAAAUUCAGCUAUGUCGCAAUGGACACAGAGUUUCCAGGUGUUGUUGCAAGACCAAUCGGAGAAUUUAGAAGCAAUGCGGAUUACCAGUAUCAGCUGCUGCGGUGUAAUGUUGACUUGUUGAAGAUCAUCCAGCUUGGCCUUACAUUUAUGAACGAAGAGGGCGAAUACCCACCAGGAACGUCAACAUGGCAGUUCAACUUCAAAUUUAACCUCACGGAAGACAUGUAUGCACAGGAUUCCAUUGAGCUGCUCACUUCGUCAGGUAUCCAGUUUAAGAAGCAUGAGGAGGAGGGUAUUGAGACACUGUACUUUGCUGAGCUGCUUAUGACCUCAGGUGUGGUGCUUUGUGAGGGGGUCAAGUGGCUCUCAUUCCAUAGUGGCUAUGACUUUGGGUACCUGAUUAAAAUUUUGUCCAACUCGAAAUUGCCAGAGGAAGAGGUUGACUUCUUCGAGGUUCUUCGUUUAUUUUUUCCCAUCAUUUAUGAUGUGAAAUACCUCAUGAAGAGCUGUAAGAACUUGAAGGGUGGUCUGCAGGAGGUGGCAGAGCAGCUUGAAUUGGAGAGAAUUGGACCGCAGCAUCAGGCAGGGUCUGACUCGCUCCUCACAGGAAUGGCUUUCUUCAAGAUGAGAGAGAUGUUUUUUGAGGAUCACAUUGAUGAUGCCAAGUAUUGUGGUCACUUGUAUGGACUGGGUUCAGGCUCAUCCUAUGUCCAGAACGGCACCGGAAAUGCCUACGAGGAGGAGGCAAACAAGCAGCAGUCAUGACACAAGAAUCUCUCACCAUAACGAACAUCAUAUACAGGGCUCAAAACAUGGGUUUUUAGUUGUUGUUGUUUUGUUUCCAUGAAAGAUUUCAUAGGAAUUUGCACUUUAAAGCUCACAUCCAACAGAAGAAAAAAACUUCUUCCCUUUGUUGCCUUCUCUGGGUUAAAUCUUUUCACACAAUGUUCAUCUUUUAUGGUUAAAGAAGAGGAACCAUUUGGUGUUUGAGUUUCCCCCCCACCACAGUUUAGCCUUAAUAUUAAGCUACUUUUUACGUUCUUCUUUUUUAUCGUUAAUUUAUUGGAUUCAUUUCUUCUCGUGUACGGUUAGAUUAUUCAUCGACUAAUUUGGCGAGUACACCAGUCACCUACGUGAACUGUCGUUCCCUGAUUACAGGAGUACUGUUUUCUCACACUUCGCAAUAGCUUUAGACAGAUGGAGGAUCUCAGACACAGGUAAAUACAGGCACUUAAUUGUAAAGCGAAGCCUCGCACUGAUUUUACUCUUUAUGUUGGGUUAGCACAGAUUUUACCACACGAGUAAAUUAAGAGUGAUGAUGUAACUGCCACUAUUUAAGUGAACUGAGGACACCUUAUGCAUCAAAAAUGUCUUUCCAUUUUCAUUUUAACAUAAAUGUAAAGGUUUUGUAGUAUUUUAUUAUCAAAAAGUUCAAAGCCUUUUAUUCAUUUAAUAUGAUUAAUAAUGACUCUUAAAGGGAAUCUUAACCAACUCAAGUACUCAGUAUCAGUGGAAUUAGUUUUACUUGUAGUGCUGGUUUUUUCAAUGGUGCACAUUUUGUGCUGUUCGGGGUUUUCUCCUGAUUUUCCUCUUUAUUCUGUUUUUGUAUCGUAUUGCUUUACAAUUCUGUGUUGCCUAGAUCUGCUGUAUGUACUGAAAGAUAUUUGAAUAAAUGCUGUGUUAACUAAUCUGAGCUUUUAUAGACAUGUGAAUCGCAUGAACACAGCUUUUGUUUUUUGAAUGUGUGAUUUGGUGAAUAAUGAUUUUGGUAGCUCUUAACCUCCCUCCUCCUGUUUGUCAUCUUGAUGUCCACAUUAUGCAAUAUAGAGUGACUGUUUUUAGAGCUUUUGGAAAUAAAAGCCAGAUUUUUCUAACUGAA